AUGAAUUUCGAAAAUGCAUCUUGCAAUUCAAGCUUUACAACACUUCAUACUUCACCUACAGUUAUCCAACUUAGAUACAAGUAACAUAUUUUUAAUAUUUUUACAUAAUAUUUUUAAGUGCUACUUUUAGUAAAAUUAAUUGUUCUUAAUAGCAAUUUGAUUUAUUUUUACUUGCGAUUAGCUUAACAUAUAACAAACCAAACUCUUCUAUUACUCGCAACUUCUGUAUUAAUUCUGUCCGCUUGCAUUUUCUUGACUCUCUAUUCCUAGCUAAUGUUGGAAAUCUCUGUACGUCGCUAUGCUAUCAGCAUUUUCUUCCGGAACGAUCGUGUGUAGGAUGCACCAAACUGGAGUGGAAACGACGCAGUUACCAGUGACAAUUUACGAGACGUUCCUGCCGAGAAACUUUAUGGCAAGCAUAUCUUCUUCGUGAUAUAUUACAGAAAGCACGAAUCGGUAUUUCUGGAUUUCUACAUAUUCACGAAGCCGCUAAGCGAUAGCUGUUUUAAUGCAAACGAUACCACAAUAACAACUUUUGACAUGCUAAAAGACGUUUCUUCACUAUUGAAGCUCUUCAAUUGGCAGGAGAGAAAAGCAAAGUACUGUUAAUAUUUGCCAUUCGAUAGAACUCUGCAAAAACAGAAAGGAGACUUCCAUAUGUCGUAAUCAAUACAUUUACAGAAUGACAGGAUUCUUAUGAAUUCGCAUUACUGUCUUAACAAGAAGACUGUGUCCUCCUAAGAUAUUGCUACUUCGGCAAAAUUAAUCUUAAAUUGCAUCGUGUUAGAUUAGGGGUAAUAAUUUAUAACGGCUACGACUUAUCUCCGUGGAGAAACCAUGAAUAUACUAAAUUAAGAGAAAAAGAGAAUACUCGAGAAACAAUAGAUACAAUCAUGCCAUGUUACGCAGUCUUCCAAAAGUCCAUGAACAAAACCAGAAAACUCAAGCUCAAGGGAUUUAAUGUCUCUUCCUAUUGCUCUACCGUUUCAAGACCUGUCUUAUCAAGGUACCUAUUUCUCGGCAUCUUCUUUUUUUUUCUUGCAUUUGCACUAUAUAUGCUUUGCAGAUCGAAGUUAUUACGUUACGUAUAUUUUGUAGUUCUGCAGUUCUAUAGUUCACGAUGUUGCUACAAUUGAAAGAAGAAAUUAUAUCCUGUAAUAUAAAUUCUAAAUCCUAUAAAUUCGACAUGUUUAGCAGUUGAAGAUGCGUCGAACAAGUUUCGUGCUUUGGUGCUGCACUAGUUUCCUCGUUGUCGCACCGUUGGAACUUCAGCAAAAUUCCACGAGCAACGAUAUGACGGAACGAUAUGAGCCUCUCAAGCUCAUGGAAGAUCAACGCGUCGAGACGAAACACGUGCAGGAUAAUUUGCGUGAAAAGUUUACCAAGGAUGAUAAAGAGAUGCGUCAUGAAUUCUUCACUAAUGUUACAAAAGAGAACCGCGAAGACGAUGAUGUGACAGAAUACGGACUCAACGAGGAUGUCACGAGAAACUACGAAGACGACGAUCAGAUGUUAGAUAUCAACGUGAACACUACGGAAACCAAAAGCAACAACUGUACUACAUCACACGAGCGGCAUGGAGAUCUCAAUGAAAGUAGCAAGAACGACACGGAGUUCGCCAACAGCACUUACAUUCCGCUUUGCUGUCCUCGAGGUCAUCGCCUGAUAGAGGAAACGUGCGUUGCUGGAGAAGGUAAUUAUUCGUUUCCAAUCGUCCACGGGAACGCAAUGACUAAUUCGUCACAGAUCGAAGAGGCCGUGGACGACAAAACAUUAGACCAGAUGUUUCACUUUAUUGUCAACGAUCCAUGCGAAGACGGCCGGUUCGUGCUGAAUGAAACUGAUAAUUCUGCGGACGACGGGUAUUACUUCUUCGCCAACGGCUCUCUGUAUUAUAAGGAAUUCAUUAAUCCGAUGACCUAUUGUCUUGCUUUAGUGAAUCGGGACAAGUACGAGGUGACCAUAUGCAAGCCAUAUCCGAUGUUUUUAACUGCAGGUGUUAUACUGUCUGUGUUAUUUCUGUUUGCAACAGUCGUGGUGUACUCCAUUCUGUCGGAGCUUCAAACUAUGCACGGCUAUACGCUACGUGCGUACAGCGGCGCGCUAUGCAUCACGUACAUAUUCCUUGCAGUGCACCAACAGUACACAUUGCAUCAAUUAGGAUACACCUACUGCCUCAUAAUAGCCUAUUUCCUUACAUUCUUACUUACGGCGAGCUUCUUUUGGCUGAAUAUAAUGUGCUUCGAUAUUUGGUGGAUAUUUAGACAGAAAACUCACACAUCACGAGGAAACAUGAAACGUCAAAGGAAAAGGAAAUUCCUAUACGCAUUGUACGGAUGGGGAUGUCCUUUUAUCUUCAUGUUCAUAUGUACCAUGAUUGAAUUCGUUCUCGAUGUGCCAAAGAAUUUCAUCCGACCAAACUUUUGCAUUCGUGAUCAUUGGUUCGACAGGAGUGCAAGAAUUUACUUUGCUUGGCCCUUUGGUAUCAUUAAUGUUUGCAACAUUUUCUUAUUUAUUUCAACGGCGUUGACUAUGGCACGUCAUAAAAAAGAUACGGAUCAAUUAAGAAGUGUGGAGAAAAAAUGCCAUAAUGACGACAAGAAAUGGUUCGUAAUGUAUCUCAAAUUGUUCUUCUUGAUGGGCAUCACUUGGGUUAUGGAAAUAGACGCUGUUAAUUCAUGGAUAUUCAACCUAUCAGAAUACUUAAUGUAUUCCAUAGACAUGAUAAACGCUCUUCAAGGUGUUAUUAUCUUCAUCAUAUUCGUUUGGAAGAAGAAAAUCAGAUUGUCGUUGAUGAAAAAGUUGGGUUGUCAGGACAGUUUCUUGUUCAAAAAUUCAACAAGUAAUGAUGGGCACAGCACUGCAACUUCAUGUUCUUCAUUGACGGUAUCUUUGCACUCGAUUGUUCCUUGUAGUCAGAUAGACAGCCGUACAAAAAGUUCAUCUAAUGAAGCUGAUACCAAUACAACAUGACGAGAGGAGAUUUCAUGUUAUAUCAAGCAUAAGUUAAUCAAUGUGCACAUUCUAAUCCACAUAUAAAUAUUUUCUACAUUCUAAGUUCUAGGUACAUGUAUCCUGAUCACAAUGUCCAAAUUUGUUCCAAAGUUGGUCGCACCAAGUACUAAUCAGAAUUCCACUUUUAUUUCAAUGUGAUAUUAUACUUAAUUUUAUGAGUGUAAGAUCAACCAAAUUUUAAUAGAUUCUAGUUAGAAUUUUUAAAGUUGUUCCAAAAUAAAUAUAGCAUGAGCUUUCUCUUUAAAAUCGAAACAGUAAUAAUCCUGCAUAUGCUUUAAAUAAACAAUAUUAAAAAAAGUAAAUAACAAAUAAAUCUUUCUCACCGUUUAUUUUAUGAUUGUUAAAAACAAAUCGCUUGAAUAUAAGUAUAUGAAAUGUUUUACGUUUUAAGUACAAAUGGUUGUUUUAUUAUACAAUAAAUUAAAACAUAAAUA